CCUGGCAACCAAACUGGGAAACGACGCGUGGCGCGGGAUUCGCGCAAUGGAGACGUGCUGCUCCGAUCCUGCCGAGUUCAGUGGAGCACAGAGCCACAAACGCAAGCUCUUCGCCUUCCGUUUCUCUCUCUUCCUUUGAAGCUCAAACUCACUUGCAGCAGCGGCGCUCUUGUUCCACCUAUGGGUUCGAGAUUGACGACGACGAGGAGGAGCUUCUGAAGGUGCUGCGAAAUGGAUGUUGUAUGUGAACUGUGUGGUGUUGUUGGCUUCAAACAUCUUCUGGUACAGUGCAACAACUGCAAGAAUUCUAUUAGGCACCGAUAUUGUUUGGAUACAAUUAUUUAUGAUGGACCAUCAAUAGAAUGGUUGUGCGAUGAUUGCGUACCAAAACACAGCGAAGCUGCGGAAUCAUUAGAGUUUAGGUGUGAUGACCACCACUCUAUUCAGUUGGGUUCCUCUAUAAUUAACGGACCAAAUGUGAAUAGAGUAGAGUUGACAAAGGAACUGUGGUCAUGGGGACAUCAUAGGUAUAGAUCGCACAAGGCAAGAAGAGAUAGUACUGAUGCAUGUACGAGUGGAGACACACUCAACUCUUCUGAAAUGUUUGCCGGGGAAAAUUUGAAUCGCAAUGAUGUUGAGAAGGAAGGGGAAAGUAAAGCUGAUCACUUAAUCUAUAUGCCAGAAAGUGCGGAUGGUUCAAGUCAUUCAGCUUCUGACCCUGCUUCAGAAAUUAAACUAUGUAUAAAUUCUCUGAAGACAAAGGGUGGUUUUGAACCUACUAUGGAGCGGCUGGACCUCUCAAAGGAAAAAGAUAGCUGCUUUUCUUCAUCGAAGUAUGUUCAAGGGUCCAUUCCUCAAGGAACAAAAGCUGACUUACUUACCUCAAUCAAUGAUGUUGAGAGAUCCCAUCCAUUUGUCACCGAUGAUUCUUGUCCUAGAUUGCCAAGUGUGGAGCAAGCAGAUGGUUCUAGUCAUACACUGGAAAAUGUGGAGCAAUCUCGCCCUUUGGAGGUGGUUAAACCAGAUGGUUCUAGUCAUUCAGCUGUGGACCCUACUUUGAAUUCCAUGGAGUUGCUGGACCUCGCAACAGAACAAGAUAGCUGCUUUUCUUCAAUGAAGUAUGUUGAAGGGUCCAUUCCUCAAGGAACGAAGACUGACUUAUUUCCUUCAAUUAAUGACGUCGAGCAAUCUUAUCCAUUUGUUACUGUUGAUUAUAGUCCCUCACUUCCAACGGAGGAGCAAGUAGAUGGUUGUAGUCCUACAAUGGAAAGUUGGGAGCAACCGCAUCCUUUGGAGGUGGUUAAACGAUUGGUUCAUACGCCCAAGAGUAUCCUAGGAUCAAAUUCUUCAUCAAAUUACUCACAGCCCAUGCAAAGAUCAGAUCAAAAUAUUGGGAAUAUGGAUGUUUUGGAUCCUUCCAAGGAGUGCUUGGACUCGAGGCCAAUGUCAAAGACUAUAGAGCUAGCAAGUUCCACAAAUGGACAAGGGGACUCAACUGUUGAUAAAGACAAUGCUGAAAGAACAAAAUGCUUGUCAGAUGAGGAAAUUGUCACCCCUGAGUUGGAUAACCUCAAGGGACCAAGUCCUUCAAUGGCAAAAGAAUGCUUGAUUCUUAAUGUAGACAACUCAGAUGAAGCAAAUAGACCAGAUAAACAUUUUUUGUGCACUGUAGACAACAAGGAGCGAGGGCAAUCGACGGUACCUUCAUAUCAGAACACCUCGAGUGGCAAACUUCAUUCCAGUUGCAAUGGUCUUAAUGAGGGAGGUAACUUAUGCAAGGCAAAUGAAAGUUCAGAUCCCAAGCCAGCACUGAAGGGGAACCGAUGUGGAAGGAACCUUCAAAAUGAUGUACGAAGGACAUCGGUUCGUGCUGGCAAAAAUGUGGUGUGUAGGCAAGUAUCACAAAUGGAAGGUGUUAACUGUGAGGCAUUGCCUAUCAAGCAUGUUGGUCAAUGCAAGGCAACAAAAAGUAGCUCUAAAAAGAAACAUAACCGACCAAACAGACACAUUCCACGUCAUACUAAACAUCAGAAAACCAAGCUCAUCAAGAACAUAAAUGCUGAUCCUGCAAAGUUGAAAAGUGGUAGGCUACCAAAACAACCUGAUCAUACUCACUCAAGUGCUUCCUUGGAGUUGUCUUCAAAAACAAAGGAAGUACAUGAUGCCAAUGAUGCAGAACCGAGAUGUUCUAGUGCUGCUCAAACUUUUGAGAAUGUCAUGCCAAAGAAAAGAAAACUUAUUUUACCAUAUAGCGAAGAUGAAGAUGCUGAGGCCACACAGGUGGAAGAUUCGAACCCUCGAUCCAGUGAUAAUUAUGGGCAAGUGAAGAAGCGUAGAAGAUGUGUGGAAAAUGGCGUGAUGAACCAGAGAAGAUCUGUAGAAAAUUGUGAAGAAUCGUUACGUCCAGGAAAUUCAAAUCAUCAAUAUGUCAAGAAUCAUACGCAGGAAAAAACGCAGAGAAGCAUAGAAGCCAAUGAAGAUAAAAAUCCACUUUUAGGGGAUCCUACUGCUCGGUGUGCUCAGAGUGAUGCUGCACAGUUAGCAUCACAAGCUGUAGUCGCAGAAGACCACUGUAGCCUAUCCGCGAUGCCAGUCAUUUACACACAACCCACUGAUAAACCUUAUUGGACUGGAAUCAUGAAGAUUGGCCAGGAGUAUAUUUCAUUGGCUGCACACCUUUCGGAUCGAUCAUGCAAGAAGGUGCAGGAAUUAUCAAGAUCAUUACCACCAGUAAUGAAAGUAACGAUGCAUUCUAAGUUGAAAGCCUGGCCAAAGAGAUGGGAGGCGUCAGAACCUACUGCUGAUAGCAUUGGCUUGUAUUUCUUGUCAGAUAAUAUGAGGCCAAAUAAAGAGCUGGAUAGAUUAGUGCAGUAUGUCACUGAUCAUAGCAUAGUUCUUAAAUAUGUUGUCGGCUUCGCCAAGCUGCUUAUCUUCCCUUCUGUUCUUCUACCAGAGCAAUGUCAAAUGUUCCAAGGGAAACACUAUCUGUGGGGAGUGUUCAAGCGGAGGAUGGGUAUGAGCAAAGCAGGUAACCCAGUGAAACAAAAAGAUUGUACAUUGCAUAUUUCGAAGAAAAAAGAGGAGCAGCAAAACAAAGGUGCUAGGUGACUCCCUGGACCAAGAAAUGACUAUUUCAAAGCAUAUCAUCUGAGAGCCAACCGUCGCCAGGCACUGUCCAUGACGUGGCUGACACUAAGACUGACCCCGGUGAUAAUAGGAAGCCCUGCUCAAAUUCAGAAGCUUCCCCACCUAAGCUGUUUGGCCUUGUCAUCGCGCAGACACCAAAAUCUGAGCAGUUCAUUCGGGAGUUAGAAAAUAAAGGUGCACUGGUAUAUGCAGUUCAUUCGGGAGUUGGAAAAUCUUAGCAAUGCUAUAGCAUCAGAACUAACUUGCAGCAAUCGUGCUCUGGCUUCUGAAGCAUAGCUGUAACCAUUGUUUGAUGUUCAGGACUGAACUAGAUGGUCUUUAACUCUGUAGGAUGUAUCAAACUGAAGCUGAACUGGAGCUUUAUGCCACCUCCAUACAACUGCCAGUUCCUGAGUAGUAUUACUCUUUAGUAUCAAUUUGUCGCCAUCGGUAAAACUCAAAAUGUGCUGUGCAUUUAUGCAACCCUAACCUAGAUUUAUCAUGCAUUAAGUGACACUACUGUGCAAAGCUUAGCAACAAAAUAUGUUACUGCAUGUCGUUUGCACCAUAUUUUUUAUUCUCUACAUGCAUGGUUUGUGUGCUGUAGAUUUGCUGCUCCAGAUGCAGAUAUCUCAAAUGUAAAAGUAUUGUGCAAUGGUUGUAUUGUUGUUAACCACUAAAAUUUUAUAGGACAUUGAUUAUGAAACUAUG